UCUCCAUUGCGAAGAGAGAGAUAAACAAAGAGUCAAAAAAAUAUCAAAUAAAAUUUCAAUAAAUGAGAGAAAAAUAAUUAAAUCAUCGAGAGAAAACAAGAAGCCUUUGAGAUUCAAUCAAGGAGAGUUGGUUGGCUUCUGAUUUAUAUAUACAAACUCAUACAAAUCAAUUCUACACCACCACUUUCCGAUCUCUCCGAUAUGCGACGCAACAACAGAUCCAAGCCGGCGACGGAGACGCCGAUCGCCGCUGCCGCCGCCGGUAACGAGCCGAGAUAUCGCGGCGUUCGCCGGCGUCCGUGGGGCCGAUUCGCUGCCGAGAUUCGCGAUCCGUGGAAGAAAACUCGUGUCUGGCUCGGUACGUUUGACUCGGCUGAGGACGCGGCUCGCGCCUACGACGCCGCCGCGAGAUCUCUCCGUGGACCGAAGGCGAAAACAAAUUUUCCGAUUUUUUCGGAAAAUCAAGCCGGCGGCGAUCGGAAUAAUCUCGGCCAGCCGAUUUAUGUGUACCGGCCGACGAGUAGUAGCCUGAGCAGCACGGUGGAGUCGUCGUGUGGUCCGACAGCGGCGGCUUCGAGCACAGCGCCGGCGAGGGUGAAGAACGUGUUCAAGCCGAGAAUUCAGGUGGAGGAUUUCCACAGCGAUUGCGAUUCGUCCUCUUCCGUGGUGGAUGACUGUGACACGACGUCGUUUCACAAGCCGUUCUCUUUUGAUCUCAAUUUACCUCCGCCGUUGGAUGAUGAUAUGGAUAUCGAAAAUCCCGAUGAUUUACAAGCCACUGCUCUGUGUCUCUGAUUAAAGCAAGAAGAUGACAAAAACACCUAAUGGUUAUAUUUCCCUUUUUUUUAAAUGAGAGAAACUUGUUUUUAUUUGCUCCUUUCUUAAAACUUUUCUCUUAUAUAGGUGAUGAUAAUAUUUAGAUUAGUGGAUUUGAUGAAAUAGGGUUUGCUUGAACUCUACUAUUUAUGUUGGAGUUUGGACUGUUGAGUUACAUGGCGCACCCACUCAUUUGUUUGUGUAUUACAGAAGAAAACAUAUGAGAUCUGAUCUUGAGUUUUGUAUCUCUCGAUCUCAUUUCUAUCAACCAUGCCAGUUGCAUUUUGUUUGUUUUCUUUCCUUCACCCUCCCCUGUAUAAAGUUUUCAAUAAGAUUUACACUCUUUUAUCA